AUGCUGGGAGCCAUCAUCGCGCUUGCUAAUGGCGUUGGACCCUUCUUAGGCGGUGCAAUCGUUCAAUCUGCGACUUGGCGAUGGGUCUUCUGGAUGAUACCCAUCAUCACUCUACCUACUACAGCAAUUAUCUGGUUCUACCUCCCUCUCAAGCAUCGAUCCGGAGAAUACAUGGCGAAGAUAAAAAAGAUCGACUACGGAGGCAUCGUUCUCAACAUUGCAUCGACACUACUACUUCUGAUCCCCAUAUCUGGAGGAGGCGUCACAUAUGCCUGGACAUCAGCGUUCUUCAUCGCCACCGUCAUCAUCAGUAUCUUUCUAGCCGUCCUCUUCGUUCUGUUUGAGUGGAAAUUGGCAAAACUGCCAAUCAUGCCUCUUCGACUCUACCGCGCGCCCCAUUGCUGGGCGCUGUAUCUGCAGUCUUUCUUGACGGGUUUGGCUUACUUCGGUAAUUUCUUCUAUCUACCGCUGUACUUCCAAUCGGUCCUUGGAUAUGACGCGUUGGUCGCCGGUGCUCUGAUCUUAGCGGUCGUCAUUCCGACAUCGCUCACGUCUAUCCUUUCGGGGCAGUACAUGAGUCGCGUCGGAAGUUACAUGCACUGCAUCCUAGCUGGUUUCGCUCUAUGGACGCUUGGAAAUGGCCUCACGCUUAUUUUCGAUCGGAAAACGAAGCUAGGGCCUCUGAUAGGCAUUCUCAUCGUUGAGGGCGCAGGUAUUGGGUUCACUCUGCAGCCUACACUCGUGGGAAUGUACGCGAAUGGUCGCAGCGAGGACAGAGCAGUGACGACUGGCUUGCGGAACUUUAUCCGCACAAUCGGCGGCGCAUUUGGCGUUGUCAUUUCAGGCGUUAUUCUAUCAAACACGCUGAACAAAGAGCUUGGAGGAAGGGGUAUCGUGUCCCACGACACGAUCGCUCAAUUGACGUCAUCGACAUACUCGUUGAGCAGUAUGGGCUUGUCGCAGCAGGAUCAGGAUAUCAUUCUGGAUGCAUACAUGAAGGGUCUGUACUACACAUUCCUCUUCUUUACGGUAUGCACGGGACUAAGUCUGCUUCUGACGUUUUGGGUUGGGAACACGAGCCUCAAAUCGCCAGCGAAAAGUGAGGACGCGUCGGGUUCAGCAGAUCGAGAGAUGACGGAAGAGGAUGAGAGACCUGGACAGGUUGAUCUCGAAAAGGCGCAGCGAUAG